GUUCUAAAGAAUACGGUACGCGCUGCCAACAUUUACGUUUGUAGUUGUUCAACUUUGAAAAAAAAACUGAAUGUUGUUCAACCUUGCAAUAUUGUGGCGCGAAAUACAUUUAUUUUAAAUGAUUGCGAUUACUUUAUCGAAUAAAGUGUACAAGCACAACAAACUCGCGUUAUUUUCUGGUGGUUCGUUAACUGUGUCAAAUCGAACCUAAUAGACGUUCUCGUAUGCUCGCAAGAAGCCAGUAACGAAACGACUUGAAUCAAAUUAAUGAACUUAGUGAUAUGUGUAUGUGACUUUAAUAAGUGAAGUUGCGGACUUGUGACAUAAAAAACGUUAAUUUCACAAAUUGACUUUAAAGUGUUUUGAUAUAAGCACUUGAUCAAGAUGAGCUUCAAUAAGAAUAACCCCAACCCAAUGGGGAAGAUAAUGGGAUAUCUCAAGCAGCUCUCCACCGAAAUGGGAGCCAGCGAACAAAGCCGUCGUGGGCAACAGGACGAGGAACGAUUAUAUCGUUCCCGUGGCCCGAAAUACGCAAGAGUUCCAUCAAAGCCCACGCUUUCUGCAUCUACGACUUGCACGUCUCUCGCAACGUCCUGCGGCUCUCAAGGGACACUUGUUCCUAACUACGCCACUAUUCCAGAGAUUGUAUCAACGGAAAGCAGUAGUGAGGACGAACAAGAUUCUUUCGAAAAAACACGUCGUCAUUUCCAACAGCUUCGCCAAAUCAGUCUAGGGAACGAAUUCAAAUAUAAAAUGGAGAUGGAAAUUAAAAGCGCUAAGGAAGAAAAUUUACGCAAUUCUAUACCUUUUGUGAAACAACUAAGCACAGAGAGUAAUAGAGUUAAAACUGAUUACACAAUCAAUGGAGACACCCAACCCUAUGGACCAACAACGCAGCGACUCUACCUAUGGACCCAGAUUUUCGCAGCAUUUGCCGUAUCAAUGGGCUCUCUUAUUGUGGGCUUUUCAUCGGGCUACACUUCACCAGCACUUCCUAGUAUGAACAGGACACUCACUAUUACAAAUGAAGAGAAUAGUUGGAUUGGAGGACUAAUGCCGCUAGCUGCACUGGUGGGCGGCAUUGCUGGCGGUCCCCUGAUUGAAUACAUAGGAAGACGUUUGACGAUUAUGUGUACGGCAUUGCCAUUCUUCUUGGGUUGGAUGCUUAUUGCGAAUGCCAUGAAUGUUUAUAUGGUAUUAGCUGGAAGAGCUCUCUGUGGUGUAUGCGUUGGCAUAGGAAGUCUUGCAUUCCCUGUCUAUCUCGGCGAAACAAUUCAACCGGAAGUCCGCGGAGCUUUAGGACUUUUACCUACCGCUUUUGGUAAUACAGGUAUACUUCUAGCAUUCUUUGCUGGAACAUACUUAAAUUGGUCACAUCUAGCAUUCCUUGGCGCUGCUUUACCAGUUCCAUUCUUUUUAUUGAUGAUUUUAACUCCUGAGACCCCGAGAUGGUAUGUCACAAAAGGGCGAGCGGAAGAUGCAAGAAAAGCCCUGCAAUGGUUGAGAGGAAAGAAUAUAAAUAUCGAUAAGGAAAUGAGAGAUUUGACGCGUUCUCAAGCUGAAACUGAUCUUACGUCCACUGGCAACGCUUUCGGACAGCUAUUUUCAAGAAAAUACCUUCCGGCCGUCUUAAUUUCUCUUGGUCUGAUGCUGUUUCAACAAUUAAGUGGAAUCAAUGCAGUCAUUUUCUACGCAUCGACAAUAUUUCAAAUGGCCGGUAGCAGUCUCGAUGAAAACUUAUGCAGUAUCAUUAUAGGUAUUGUAAACUUCAUAUCAACGUUCAUCGCGACGGCCAUUAUCGAUCGUCUCGGCAGAAAAAUGCUACUCUACAUUUCAUCUGUAUCAAUGAUCGUCACCUUAGUAGCUCUGGGAUCAUACUUUUAUGUAAGAGAAGUUGGAACAGAUGUCAGUAGCUACGGGUGGUUACCUCUGGCUUGUCUUGUAAUCUACGUCUUGGGAUUCUCCAUCGGUUUCGGUCCCAUUCCAUGGUUGAUGUUGGGAGAAAUCUUACCAUCAAGAAUACGCGGUACUGCUGCUUCAAUGGCAACUGGCUUCAACUGGACAUGCACAUUUAUCGUGACUAAAUCAUUCCACAACAUUAUAGCCGCAAUCAACAUGUACGGCACAGUCUGGUUGUUUGCCGUAUUGUGUGUGAUUGGAUUAUUAUUCGUCAUUUUCUUCGUACCCGAGACUCGGGGUAAGAGUUUGGAAGAGAUCGAGAAGAAACUUACUGGUGGUUCAAGAAGAGUACGUAAUUUGAACAGCAACAAGUCAAAUCAAAAUGGUUGUUAAUUUAUAAAUUAAUCAUAAUUAAAAAACAGCGUCUAUAAACGCGUCAUACAUUCCUGAGUGCAGAGAGAGUCUGUGUUGUCCGCUAUAUAGAUAAUAUUAGUAGAUGCAAAAUGGGGGGUUGAUUUGUGUGGCUGAAUGAACUGGUAACGUGAUAUUUCGUUGACUGAUUGAAAUUGUUGUUCGAAUCAAUGUUGAAAGACUGAUUUGGAUUGUAUUCAAUACGUGUAGUUUGUAAAUAUGAGCAUUGUGUAAGUAAGAGAUAGUUCCUUUUAUAUUUACAAGUAAACUAGCGUUUAGAAGAUAAUAAUUAUAAAAGAAUAUAAUUAUUUAUAUUCAGUCGGCCCAGUACUUUUUAAGGUACAUAAUUAUGUUUACUCAUUAACGCAAUAGGUUAGUUUAAUUAUAUAAAUUAUUUUUGUAGCAAAUGAUCUGUAACUAAUACAUUAAUGUUGAUCAUGACAAGAUAUAUUUAAAACCAAAUUAUAAAUAAUACUUAUUUUUGUGAUGUAGAAUGUAAACUACGAUAUUAGUAUGUAGUAAAUUCUUAGCUUAAGAAUUCACUUUAGUGCGUUUUCGUAUAUUACGGAGGCCAUAUUUAUUUUAAAAUAAAAUACAAAA